AUGUGUAGGUGGUUCGCGUACAUCUCCGCCACCGAGGACUGUCUGCUCGAGGACGUCCUCAUCCUCCCCGAGCACGCCAUCGCGAAGCAGGUCCACGAACGCUUCCUCCCCUACCUCUUCCACCACGAGCCCGGCACCACCAAGGAGGAGAUGAGCCUCCGGAACAGCCCCUUCAACCUCGACGGCCUCGGUCUCGUCUGGUACAGCACCGCACGGGCCCGCUUCGGCGACGCCACCGGCCCGCGGCCCGUCACCUACAAGAUCCUGCGCCAGCCGAGCGCGGACCCGGUGCUCGCCUCGCUCUGCGCGCACACCGCCGCGCGCUGCGUGUUCGCGCACAUCCGCGCCGCGUCCGGCGGGACCGCGGUCGCGGAGGUCAACAACCACCCGUUCGCGUUCGGCCGCCACGCGUUCAUGCACAACGGCGCCGUCGCGCACUUUGCGCGCGUCCAGCGCGCGCUCGCGCUCGAGCUCGACGACGCCGCGCACGCGCACGUCGCCGGCACCACCGACUCGGAGGCGCUCGCCGCCCUCUUCUUCACCCGCCUCGCGCGCGGGCGCGGCGCCGCCGCGUGGGAGGAGCAGCACCCGCUCGAGGAGCUGAGGGCGGCGCUGGAGGGCGCGGUGCGGAGGGUGCUGGAGCUGCAGGCGGAGGCCGCGGCGCGCGCGGGGUUCGCGCUCGAGCCGUCGAGCUUGAACGUUGCGGUCACGGACGGGGAGCAGCUGCUCGCGAUCCGCUUCAGGAACCACGCGACGCAGCACCCGCCGAGCUUGUACCUGUCGACGCGCGCGGGCGUCGCGCUGAACCGCAAGUUCCCGGGCCACCCGGACGUCGAGGGGGUGGACAACGGAUCGCAGAACUUGAAGGCGGCGGAUGAGCAUGGGGACCAUGUUAUCGUCGCGAGCGAGCCGACGACGUUCAGGAAGGAGGAUUGGGAGCUGAUUCCGAAAAACGAGUAUGUGAUGGUGGGGCGGGACAUGCAGAUCAGUAGGGGGAAGGUGAGUGUUGCUUUCUAA